CUUGUGACUGAAAAACGAUUCUGUGUGUUGUUGCUGCAGAAAAAGGUGCACUUGGGCUGCGCAAAAUUUGCAGUAAGAUCAAGAUGAGAUACACACUCGGUUACAUUUUCUCGACGUCGUUCGUAUCGGUGGCUACCGUAUUGAUUCUAUACCAUGUCCUCACGGGCAAGGGUGAGAGAGUCAGUGUCGGUUGGUUCCUAGAGGAAACGUCCCCGUACAUGUGGGCCACUCUUGGCAUCGGAUUUGCCGUAGCCCUCUCGGUGGUUGGCGCUGCCAUGGGCAUCCAUACGACCGGUGUGAGCAUUGUCGGCGGCGGCGUGAAGGCUCCUCGCAUCAAGACCAAGAAUCUGAUCUCCGUCAUUUUCUGCGAAGCCGUCGCCAUCUAUGGGUUGAUCACGGCCAUCGUUCUCUCUGGUAUGCUGGAUAGCUUCAAGUGGUCAGUGGUUGCAAGUAAUGAGAAUAUCCGCAACAACAAUUGGAUGUCCGGUUAUGUAAUGUUCGGUGCUGGCCUGGCCGUCGGAUUGGUGAACCUCUUUUGCGGUAUUGCUGUGGGCAUCGUUGGUUCCGGAGCGGCUCUUGCUGAUGCGGCUAAUUCGGCUUUGUUCGUAAAGAUUUUGAUUGUCGAAAUCUUCGGCUCAGCCAUCGGAUUGUUUGGUCUCAUCGUUGGAAUAUACAUGACCUCGAAGGUGAAGAUGGGAGACAAGGAUUAGAGGAGUUUAAAACGAUACUGUAUGUCGAUCUAGAUGCACAAUUGCCAUCCAUCCUUGAAAAAAAAACAAUCAAAUGAAAUCCCCAAAAGCUGAAUUCCACAAGUAUUCCACUACUCUGGCACAUAAUAUCGUUCACACGACUAGAGCAGCCAGAGUAGAGCCCAUCAAGGAUGAGUGUAUUUAAGAUUGUUGUUAUUUAAUUUGCUAGAUCGAUCGUGCGCCUUAUGGCACCCGAUACGAGGAGAGAACUGUUUAUCGGUCAUUCCAUACGUGUAAAUGUGCACCUAAGUUUUCAGAAUUUGAACACCAGAGCUUCCUCGUCCAAUGUUGUAUUCAUCCUUUGUAUAUUGAUAAAAGACCGUCGCUUUGGUUUAUUUUAUCUUGUUUCGUUUUGCAUUACUUAUUUUCCUCUUGCUUUGUCCGAUCAGGUCUUAAGGUAUCGGUGUGUAUAGAAAAUGAAAAGUACUUGAUGCAAUUAUCAUUGUUCAUACCCUAGCUUAAUUGUAAAUCGAUCAAAGAACGUGCGAAUGUAUCGAACACAAUGAGAAUAUAAUAAAUAUCUCUCCCUAUCAAAACGAGUUUUUUUAUGAUAUUUUAUGUUUCAUUGGCAAAGAUAUCAAUGGUGCAUCAAAUUGUUAGAAACUUG